AUGCCUCCCCAUCCCUACGCCUUCCCCAUGGCACUCAGCCGGAGCAGCCGGCGCACCCUUCUUCAGGAGGGCAACUACGACCUGUGGCGCAUCCUCUUCUGCAAGGUGUUCGGCAAGUUCUCCGUCGCGGACCACAUCGUCGUCACUGCCGAUCCUCUACAUCACCCCGAUCCGAAAUGGAUCCAGGACGACUUCACCAUCGUCUCCUGGCUCUACACGACCGUGUCCUCUGACGUCCUCUGCCUCAUCAUCGUGCCCCAGGACUCGGCACGCGCGGUGUGGCUCAAGAUCGAGGAGCUCUUCCUGGACAACCAGACGACACGCACGGUCUACCUCGACGCCGAGUUCCACAACCUGCAGCAGGGCAACAUGAACGUCACCGAGUACUGCACUCGUCUCAAGACCCUGCCGGACAGCCUUCGCAACCUCGGCAAGCCGGUCAGCGACGCGGAGCUCGUCCACAGCACUCUUCAUGGUCUCCACCGUGAUCUGCAGCAUCUCAUUCCCAUCCUGACGCGUGAGGUCCCUCUUCCUUCUUUCUGGAAUGUUCGCUUGUUCUUGCUUUCAGAGGAGACACGCCUGGCGAAGGCAGACGCCGCCCCUACGAGCACGGUGUUUCACGCGACCACCACGUCGGCACCGGCACCACUUGUGGCUGCUCCCAGCAUUCCUGCACCGCCAAAGCCCAAGAGCAAGGACAAAGGGAAGAGCAAGCAGAAGCAGCAGCCGGCCCCUGCUCAACCGGUCUACGCCCCUGCUUCGUCGGGCUACGCCCCUGCUCCGGCCUUCGGCGUCCAUCCUUCGGCUGCUCGACCUGACGCGCCCUGGACCGGCAUGGUCCAUGUGUGGCCCGUGCCUUGGCGCCCCCACUAUCCCGGCGCCGGCAUCCUCGGCCCUCGUCCCCACGGCGCUCCACCAGCUCCAAGUCCGGCUCCUGCACCGUCGGCGUUUGCCGGUUGA